AUGGUUGUGUCUGAAAUUAUAUGUCGGAAUCCCAUGUUUGUUGGAACUACCACAAUUCACUACCAGGCGUUAAGAAUAACUGAUAACGACGAUGUCGAGUUUAUGUUUAACGUACAUAAAAGUCACAGUUCUUUGUCCUAUAUAGAGCUUUAUGUUAUGUUUGAGAUGAAGAAUCCAACAUCUAAUGUUGAGUUAAAUUACCCAUCAAGUUCUAGUCAACACCAAAGUCUACCACAACAACAAUAUAGUACACAACACAACAACCCUUCAUCGUCCGAACCACAUUACAACACGUCAUCCAUUUAUGGUGCAUCCUCAUCGCAACCUUUUCAGUCACAGUGGUCACAAAAUGUGUAUGAACCGUCACAAAGAAUAACUCAACCUUAUUCCUCUCAAACACCAUCCCGUUCAACACAACUCGAAACUUUAAACGCUGAAAUCGAUAUAUUCACCUCCCAAUUCCAAGACCAAGAAAAUGAUGAAGUUCAAGAUGAUGAAGAUGAUGAAGAGCUCCUUGCUGCACAAAACGGUGAUGAGAACGAAGAAGACGAGGACGAAGAUGAAGACGACGAUCUGCCACAACUACCAAUUUUACCAAUCCGAGCUUCUUACAAUCCACCAAGGUCCAUGCGCAACGUCAAUGAUGACCACUCAACUGAACUUUAUCAUUCAAUGGCUCUUUCGGUCGAUCAAGGUAUUGCGUCGGGGAUGCAAUUCCAUAACAAAAAUGAUUGCAUUCUUGCAAUUAAAUUUUAUCACAUGAAGAAAUCAACGGAUUAUAUUGUGAAAAAAUCAGAUUCUGAAAGGUAUGUCAUCAAAUGUAAAGAUACAAAAUGUGGUUUCAAAUUGCGGGCCUCGUGGAGGAAAAAAACUGAUAAAUGGGAGAUCGGCAAUAUGAAUGAUCAUACAUGUGUCUCAACAGAAAUGACGCAAGAUCAUCACAAACUUAGUUACAAUGUGAUAUGUGAAAGUGUUAAGUCACUUCUACAUAUGGAUACUUCAAUUACAGUGAAGGUUAUAAUUGCACACAUCCGAGAGAAGUUUAAUUACACAGUUUCAUACAGAAAGGCAUGGAGAGCAAGGAAUAAGGCGAUUGAAUCAAUUUAUGGUAAUUGGGAGGAGUCUUAUCAAGAACUACCACAAUGGUUGAUGGUCAUGGAAAAAGAUUUGCCAAGAACAAUAAUUGAUUUUCAAACAGUCUCAUCAACAGAAGUGGUAAAUGAGAUCGUCUUCAAGCGUCUCUUUUGGGUCUUUCGUCCGUGCAUCUUAGGUUUCGAAUUCUGUAAACCCAUUGUCCAAAUUGACGCAACUUGGUUGUAUGGCAAAUACAAAGGAACAUUGUUGUUAGCUGUUGCGCAAGAUGGGAACAACAAGAUAUUUCCCAUUGCUUUUGCAAUCGUGGAAGGCGAGACCAAGGAGGCUUGGAGUUUCUUUUUGAAGAAUCUAAGGCAGCAUGUCACCCCACAGGAGAACAUAUGCCUCAUUUCCGAUAGACAUGUGUCGAUAAAGAGCGCGUAUGAUGAUCCACAGAAUGGAUGGCACGGUGCUCCGACAAGCCAUGUGUAUUGUGUCCGACACAUUGCACAAAACUUUAUGAGAUCAUUCAAGGAUGGGGAACUUAAGAAGAAAGUUGAAGGCAUGGACCGAAAGGCUUUAGCAUGGGUCGACAAUAUUCCCAAACAAAAGUGGACUCAAUCACAUGACGAUGGUCGACGAUGGGGCCAUAUGACAAGUAACUUGGUAGAGUCACAAAACAACGUGUAUAAGGGUAUUCGAGGACUCCCGAUCACAGCUAUUGUGAAAGCAUCAUAUUACAGGUUGGCGGCCUUGUUUGCUAAAAGAGGACAUGAGGCAGCGGCAAGGGUUAAUUCUGGUGAGCCAUUCUCAGAAAACAGCAUGAAAUAUCUGAGGAAUGAGGUGAUUAAAUCCAACAGUCAUCAUGUCACUCAGUUUGAUCGGGAUCGGUAUACCUUUUUCGUCCGUGAAACCAUCGACCAUAGAGAAGGAUUACCAAAGGGAGAAUACAAGGUAGACCUGCAAAAUAAAUGGUGUGAUUGUGGACGAUUCAGAGCGUUACACCUACCAUGCUCACAUGUCAUUGCCGCAUGUUCUAGCUUUUGUCAUGACUACAAGACUUUUGUCGAUAACAAAUUCACGAAUGAGUGUGUAUACGCCGUAUACAACAUCCACUUUGACGUGGUUCACCACCAGUCAUAUUGGCCUAAUUAUGAAGGACUGAAGGUGGUUCCCGACAAGUCUAUGCGUAGGGCAAAGAAAGGUCGUCCACCAAUUACUCGCAUUAGGACCGAAAUGGACGAUGUGGAAACUGAGAGAAGAUGCGGCGUUUGUAGGAUGCCUGUGGAAAGGACAUGCGGAGGUGCUGAGACAUUAAGCACAGUCAGUUUCCUCGUUUCAGCUUUCAGAAAAGACUGUACUGAAGGAGGUGGCAAUGAUAGAUACCUGAUAAUUAGUACAGGGAAUAAAGGAGGAAAGGGAAAUGCGUGGUAG